AUGCCAAUCGGAUCUGCUCAGCCCUGCUCACCGUUGGGGAUUGAUCGACUCGUCGCCUCUGGACCGGUCCCGGUAUCCCACAUAUUAAACCUACUGCUUCUGUGCUCCCUCCGCCGUAGGGGUAUCACCACUCUCUCGACUCCAUCUCCCAUGUCAUCUUCUCCGGAUCCACCGAGUAAACAAUCCCCACCGACGGGAUCUGAUGAGCUCCUCUUUGCCGAACAUUCUGAUUCAUCUGGUACGGGAAACCAGAUUCUCCAGCCACCGCCUUCAACCCCUAUGGCACCGCCGGAGUUUCCUCCUCCGGAACCGACUCUCCUCCGUCCUUCUUCGGCCGAGAUAGCCGAUGGCUCCUUCCUCCCGUCUCUUCCCUGGUACGAGAUUUUUCUUGUCAUUAGGAGGCCCAUUAGGAGUCUCUGGCCCUUUAGCCUUACAAAGGCUUUGUCCAUACCUUCAAAGCCCAUAUUGUGGUAUGCAUUUGUGGUUGGUGUUUUCACUAGCCGGAAUACAGCCAAUGGUUCAUUGAGGAUGAGCAGAAGAUUGCUCCAGGUCUUUCAUAAGAUUCCAAAAUCUAUUGGAGAUGUUCCGCGAUGGCCACCUUCCGUGGACCAGAAGGUUGACUUAGAGCUUUUGGUAAGAUUCCAAAAUCUAUUGAAUGACCAACUGGAGAUGUUCCGCGAUGGCCGCCCCUCAGCCAGAGCCUUUGGUAAGGCUCCAAAACCUAUUGAAGGUGGAUCUCUUUGUUUCAUUGAUUCCAUUUUCUGUGCUAAACUCAGUUCAUGA